AUGGAUAUCGUCCUCGAGGUAGCAGAUACCUUUAUAUUUGACUCUCUGUAUGCGACAUUGCUUCCCGCAUCAGCCUCGUCCUUCACCGCCAAUGCAACCUUUUCGAGCGUCAAAGAGGAGCCUACAGGAUUCGCCACCCCCCAUGCGACAUGGCAGUACGAGCCCUCAACCAAGUACUUCUCCGUCCAGCCGUCCCAGAGUGCAUACAUGAGCCAAUGGCCCCGUGACGACUGGAAGCGACAGCUCUUGACGCUGUAUCUUAUUACAUGGCUCUUCGGCGUUGUCGUCUACUUUGUCUUCGCGACUGCAUCCUACUAUCUCGUCUUCGACAAAGCCACCUUCAACCACCCCAGGUACCUCAAGAACCAGGUCCGCCUCGAGAUGAAGCAGGCCAACAUAGCUUUUCCCAUCAUGGCCAUCUUCACCGCCCCGUGGUUCCUGGCCGAAGUGCGUGGCUACUCGAAGCUCUAUGAUACAACGGCCGAGGGUCCCGGGACGUGGUACAACUACCUGCAGUUCCCCUUGUUUGUCUUCUUCACCGACUUCUGCGUCUACUGGAUCCACCGCGGACUACACCACAAGUCCGUCUACAAGACGCUGCACAAGCCGCACCACAAGUGGAUCAUGCCGACUCCCUUUGCCUCGCACGCCUUCCACCCCAUGGAUGGCUAUGCCCAGGGCCUGCCCUACCACAUUUUCCCCUUUAUCUUCCCGCUCCAGAAGUUUGCCUAUGUCGUUCUCUUCAUGUUUGUCAAUAUCUGGACAGUUCUCAUCCACGACGGCGAAUACGCGCACAACUCGCCCAUCAUUAAUGGCGCUGCUUGCCACACAAUGCACCAUCUGUACUUUAACUACAACUACGGACAGUUCACAACCCUCUGGGAUCGUCUCGGUGGAAGCUACAGGAAGCCAAACGACGAGCUGUUCCAGAAGGAGUUGAAGAUGUGCCAGAACGAGUGGAAGAAGCAAGCCGAGGCCGUGGACAAGAUGGUUGUAGAAGUCGAAGGCAAGGACGACCGCAACUACCUGCCUGACGAGCCUAAGAAGGUCCGUUGA